AUGUCGCACUCGCACGACCAUUCGCACGAUGCGACGAACCAUGGUCAUACUCACGAGAUCCUCGACGGGCCGGGGUCGUACAUCAGCCGUGAGCAGCCACUGGUAGAGAACCGCGACUGGAACGACAGAGCCUUCACUAUUGGAAUUGGCGGGCCGGUAGGAUCUGGGAAGACAGCAUUGAUGCUGGCUCUGUGCAUGGCCUUGCGUGACGAAUAUAACAUUGCAGCUGUCACGAACGAUAUCUUCACCCGAGAGGAUGCGGAAUUCCUUACUCGCAACAAAGCACUCUCUCCACCCCGUAUCCGUGCUAUCGAGACAGGAGGAUGUCCCCAUGCAGCUGUCCGUGAAGACAUAAGCGCAAACCUGCUUGCUCUUCAGCAACUCCAGCGCAAGUUCAAGACUGAUCUCCUCCUCAUCGAGUCCGGCGGAGACAAUCUUGCCGCAAACUACUCUCGUGAACUUGCUGAUUUCAUUAUCUAUGUCAUUGAUGUUGCCGGUGGUGACAAGGUGCCUCGUAAGGGUGGACCAGGCAUCACAGGCAGUGAUCUGCUGGUCGUCAACAAGAUUGAUCUCGCAGAGGCUGUGGGUGCAGACCUCGGCGUUAUGGAGAGAGACGCCGCAAAGAUGAGAGAAGGCGGCCCUACCGUCUUUGCUGUUGUGAAACACGGUAAAGGCGUUGAACAUAUCGUCAAUUUGAUAUUGAGCGCCUGGAAGAGCAGCGGAGCUUACGACGUGAGCUUGGAGAGAUGGAAGAACGGUGCUCCGAAGAACUCCGGCUCUGUAGAUGAGUAA